GUUGAGUGCGUUUGUUUUGUUUAUGCUGUGUUAAAUAAGUUCAAUCGAACGUUAUUUAAAAUUGAACACAAUAUUUUUCUAAACAAAGAUCUUGUGCAAGUUAUAUGUUGUAACAUUAAUUUACAGAUGAAUAUUAGUGUUUUUUAAUCAGUGAAUUAUUCGGCAUACUUCAGUGAAUUAAAGUUUAUGUUUCAAAAGUGAUACAUUGUAAUUGUCAAGUUAAGAUGAUCCAAUGUGCGGUGAGCGGUGGUUGUGACGUCGUAACGUAGCCGGGCUGUGAUUGGAGGAAGGCUGCAUGCAGAGCGUUGAUUGGUCAAUAAUGUCCGGGUUGCAGACUCGGGCGGAUGACCCGAUAAAUGGAGUCGAUGUACGGGAGCAAGGAAGCGCUUUGAGGGUCGCAACCAACACGCCGCACUUGGUCAGUCUGGGAACUGGAAGGCUCAGCACUGCAGUCACUCUUCAUCCUAUAAAACAAGGUCGUGUCACAAUUGGCUCGGAUCCCACGUGCGACAUAUACGUGGUGGGUACCGGUGUUGCCAGCAUUCAUUGUCGUGUGGAAAACUCCCACGGCGUGGUCACACUGUACCCUGUUAGUGGUAGCACGCUGUUGGAUGGGCUGCCAGUUGACAAACCGACUCGGCUAUCGCAAGGCAGUAUGCUGACUAUAGGCAGGUCGAACUACCUACGCUUCAAUCAUCCGGAGGAAGCAAAGCUGAUGAAGUCUGUUCUCCCUUCAGGACAUGUGUCGAUGGCGCCUAUACAGUUCCAACCGAACGAGCAGUGCUUGCCGGCAGGAUAUGUUAACCAUGACUCCAAUCAAUGUUACCAGAACACCAAUCUUAGUAAAUCCUACAAGGACAACUCGCUCACACAACUCGAUAAAGAACUAGACAUGACCCUCAAAGAAAUGUCCAGAAGGAAACCACCGACCGUCCCCAAAAAGCCCUACAAAGACGACACGUCAGAUUCAGAACAAGAAACCAGACCGAAAAUGGGUAGUAUUAUGGCUAAAGUAUCGAAGUUCGAAUAUUACGCAAAACAACAUAAAAUAGGUCGAAGUCAAUUCUACACAAACAACGAAAAUGAAAUAUCGCCAAAAGUCUUCAGUUCAAACUCCUUAACAGUGAAUACACCCGCAAAAGACGUGUUAGGCGGUCGGAAUAUACCAAAUUAUAUGUGUAAAGUAAAGCAAGAACAAAAAAUGCUUGUCCUUAACGAAAACAAUAGUUUGGAUCCAAAGAAUUGUUCCUACGCGAAUGUUGCAAUACGUAAGGCAAAAAUUGAUAACAUGGUCCGUAAUAUCGAUGACACAAAGACGGAAAGAGUGAAAAAAGUCAAUAACGACCAACAGAGUCGACCCGAUAAUCACAUUUAUGGUAAAAUAAAUGUAGAUCGGCGACAGGAUAUUGAGAAAAAUGAAAAGAAAUCAGAUCCAUAUAAAAAUUACUAUAAUAAUCCGAACAACUACCAAACAAAUGAGUAUAAAAGCUAUCAAGACUCGUUUCAUAACCAAUUCAAGCAGGAUCCAUACAACAGUCCCAAAAUACGCAACAAUCUCCAAGAUACACAAAAAUUCCAGGAAACGUAUGCUUCUCAAGAACAAUAUCGAAAUCCCCAAGAACCAUACAAAAAUACACACGAAACAUACCGAAAUCCCCCAGAGGCCUACAAGAACCCUCAGGACGCAUACGAAAGCCCCCAAGAGGCAUACAAAAGUAACCAAGAUUAUAAAAUCAACGAAAUCGGUGUAGAUGUUUCAAAUGAUGGGAGAAAUGAAUACGCUCGUGUCUGUGAUUUAAAUAUUUCUUCUAGUUUCGAUCGGAAUCCUCAGUAUUCACCAGUUUAUUCGAAUUACGGUUAUGAGAGAAGCUUUGAAGCGGAGACUAAGAGAAAACAGGCGUACCAAGACAGGCUGAAAGAAGAGGAACAGAAAGAGGCUGAAACUGCGCGUUUGGAAGAGAUUCUUAACAUGUGCGCGGAGUAUGAGAAACAAAUAUCGUCAGGGCUGCCAAUAACACCGACAGAGAAGCGGUCCCACAACAAAAUCAUCACAAAUGGUUCCCUCCCACGAAGUGCUGCCAUGAACAAUCCCAACUUCGUGCAAACUAGCGACGGUUAUUAUAAGUUUGAUACUAGUCAUAACAGGAACAAUGUGAUGAGCCAAUCUCUGCCGCCACAACGCAAUCUGUCAACUUACGAAAAUUUUACUUCACAAGUUGAUCCUUCCACUCCGGAAGUAACGAUCAAUGAAAACUACGAAAACGUAGGAAGGAUGGACGAGAUCGGUAUCCCAGUGUUCGAUGAUGUCCAACUUAACCUUUCUAGUCCUCUUAUGAUAAGAAAACUCAACCAAAACGGCUCGUUACUUAACUCCCCGAUAGGAAGUCCAUACGAAAAUGUAUUCAGGAACAACCUCAAACCAAAGUCACCGAAUACACAAAGUCCCAGAACAAGAAUAAAAACAACUUUCGCUCAUAAAAACAUUACAUCGCCGCAAUAUUUUGUAUUUCCCACUCCUCCGCCGAAAAACACGAAUCCACUAGACGCUCAAAUUCAAGAUAAACAAGAACAACCUGCAGAAAAACAAAACGACAGAAAUUGUUCGGGUAUUGAAAAGCAAUUGAGUCUAGAAGAGGAAAUACCGAUGAUUGACGAUUCCGAUUUGUCUAACGACAUCGAAUUUAGAUAUUCGAAAGUCAUAAAUGAAACUUUACCAAAAAACAAGAGUUUCGAUGACGUUAAAAAAGAGUUAAUGGCUGAUAUUCCCGAAUUAGAACAAUUUGAGAAAGAGUUAAAGAAUAAUAGAGAGAAUGUUAUAAAAAAUAUUACUGAAGAAGUCAGGAAAAUAGAUUUAGAAGCAGAUUCAAUAGAUAGCGUCUUAGAAGAUAAUGUAGACGAAUUAAAAUCAAAAUACGAACGUUUGAGAGAUGAAAGGAAGAAAUUGAUGGCUGAAAUACACGAUAUUAAAUGUAAAAUGUCGGAAAUUCGAUCGCAAGAAGAUGAUAUUUUACGAGAGUUGGAAAUGGAAAAGGCUCUAAUAAAAGGCGAAUACGAUUCAGAGAUAGCAAUACUUAAUAUAGAACAAAAGAAAAAAUCUAGUUUAAAUGAGCAAGCGAGACAGAUAGAGGAUGAAAUAAAACAAAUGAAAGAGAGACAAGAGGCAAGACAAAAUGAGACGAAAGAUCGAGUAGAGGUUGCUACUGCGAAGGUCGAAAGAAUCAAAAAAGACUUAAAAGUAAAUGCAGGGACGCUCGAAGAACUACAAAACGCUCAAGAUAUACUUGAUAACGAGACGAAGAUAUUCGAAGAUUUGGAGUUCCAGCAUUUAGAGGAAGAAUCUGAACUGUUAUCUAACAGAGAAGACCUUCAAAACGAAAUAAUGCUGCUUAGUAAAAAGAUCGAUGCCCAAAAAACGAGAAUACUAACUCUCAAGUCAGAAGCUAAUAACAAUUUAACAUCUGCGCUCGAAGAAACCAAAAUACUACAAGCUGAAUACGUGAGAUUACUCAAUCAAGUUGAAGAGUUGACUUCAAAAGUACAAAACGUAGAAAAGGAAUUGAAACCUAUAGUAUCUAAAUUGAAUUAUAUUGAAAGAACUCAAUCACCUGAUAGUGCCUUUUAUACUGAUCAGACCAGAGCCAAAUCGGGUGAAUACGGGUAUUCCCCAAGUUCUGAUAGCGAUGACAAUGAUGUGAGCAAAAUUUCAAACUUCGAGGACCACACAAAACAAUUGACUGACAAAUUUAACUCUAUUGAUCAAAUGUCGCAGUCCAUGAUAGUAGAUAUCGAACGACGCGUCACUGACAUUGAUCCAAUAGACCCUGACAAACUCGAGAGUCCUUCUAAGUCUUCCACUUCGAAAGAGAAGAAAGGAUUUUGGGAGCGCAACUUCGAUUCUCUCAAACGAAAGAAUAGUAAGAAAAAAGAUAAAGUCGACGUAAUGUCGCAGAGUCUAAACGAAAAUAUAUUUUAUAACGACAACAUUGAAGUAGACACGUUGGACAAGUUCAAUAGUUUAAGACACUCUAAAAAGAAAAAAGAAAACGUGCCGCUGAAAAGCAAUUCGUCGUCCAAAAUACCGACAUUUGCGGCCCUAGGAAAAAUAAUAAAAAAGGAUUCGUUGAAAAGAAAAGAAUCUAGGAAAGAAGAAGAAAAUGAAAAUAAAAACAGAUACAUUAAAAAUGCCAAGCCGCAAACAGACAACAAAUAUGUGAAAGCUAAAUCUUUAUCACCAGAUAAGACGAAAGAAUCUAUCAAAGAAGAGAAUGAAGGUGAUGUGAAACACAACACUUUAGACUUCAGAAAAAUUGAUAAGGAUAAGGUGUUGCAUAGAAAGAGCUGUGGUGACGAACCGAACGUGAGAAACGACUUUCAAAAGAUUAAUGAUUCUGGGAAAAUUCCAUCGCAAGAUGACAUUGACAGAAUCUCUAAAGUUACUAUGGAUGCUCCAAUAUUUUCUAGCGAUACUGAUAUGAAUUCUUUGGGUAAAAAGACAUUAGACAGUUUAAUGGAAAUUGAAAGAAAACGUAUUGAAAUGUUGGAGGAACAAGGAUGUCAAGUUAUAGAAAACGAACGAGAGAAGAUUGAAGUAUUAAAACGAAAAGCUCAAGACGAAACGAAAAAACUGUGGCACGAGCGAAAUAGCGCGAAGACACCGGAAAGGGACAGCUGUCAGACGCCAAGUGAUGUUGACAGACGGCAGCUGUCAGGUGAUUUUGACAGUUUACGUGAUGAUGUUAAAUACUACGGGAGCGUGCUAGAAGAUACAUCCACGGAUGUUUUCAAUACUACCAGUUCAACACUUUUUGAAGAAAGUUCCGGCUUCUUGUCAUCGUCCAUAGAAGAGUUGCAAGUCCGUAACUCCCGUACGGAAUCGACAGAAGAUGAGAAACACAGCGAUGACAGCCGACCGCUCAGUCACGCUUCUGAUUUCAGCAGGGAUAAUAUAUUGUCUCUCAGCAAUGCCCCACGCCGGAGCCGACGCGGUACAACCACGAGUGAGUGGCAGCGACCUCUUACACGAUACCUUCCCGUUGACAGGGACGACUUUGAUUUACGACGACACGUCGAGUCCGCAGGACACCAAAUCGAAUUGUGCCCCUACGUGACUAUAAACUCGAGUUCAUGUCGGGGUUAUUUGCACAAGUUGGGCGCCAAAUUCCACACGUGGUCCAAAAGGUGGUUCGUUUUUGACCGUGAAUCUAAAACGUUCGUCUACUAUUGGGACAAGACUGAGAAAAAGCCGCGAGGUGGCGCUUAUUUUCAGGUUAUAGAAGAAGUGUAUCUAGAUCAUGGCAACACGUCGAAAUCACCGAAUCCACAGACAACAUUUAUUAUCAAAACUAAACAAAGGCGAUACUACCUUAUGGCGCCAUCUGGUGAGGCCGCUAGAAUAUGGAUAGAUGUUAUCUUCACCGGCGCUCAGGGAUAUACGGAAUAUCUCGAAUGAUGAGAAUAUCGAUUAUAUUGGGAUUUUUUGGAAGCCACUUUAGGGCCCACUAUCUUAAAGAUCCUUUAUUUGAAGGAAGUUUUGUCGGGAGCCUUUUGACCCCUUUUAUAAGGACUUCUUUGGAAAGUGCCUGUUGCCUUACGUCCGGGUUCCAUAUACAAAUUACGAGUCGUAAUAUGUGUUCAUGUGAAUGCGUUGCCUACAGGAAAAUGUACGCCUUAUAGCAAUUUCUAGUGAUAUUUGGCAUAUUCAGACAGGACAACAAGCAAGUAUUUUUUUUAUCUGCGCAUGCGCAUGCGGUUCUUUGGAUAAAUGGUUCUUAUUUUUGGCGAUUACCUCAUUUUGUAUAGAGAAUCGUCAAUUAGGAGAUAAUUUUCAUUAGUACGAAAAUUGUAAUAAAUUAACACAAAUGCAUGGUAAAAUAUUAAUGUUUCCUAUAAAUACUGUAACAUGUACCUAUAUUAUACAAAUUAUGUGAUAUACAUUUAAAUAUACAUCUUUAUGUAACUAAAUUAUAUACAUAAUCACAUAUGAAAUGACGUCACAUGUUAACUAUAUCAUUAUUAAUAAAAUAAUGAAUUAAUUAAUUGCUUUACAAAUAAUUAAAAUUUUGCUCCUAUUGUAAUAGUUACUUUUAAAGUACAUAUAUUAUAUACUAUACCUAAUUGUGAUAUACUUUAUGGUAUAAGUAACAGUAUUCUUUUUUAUGCGUUAAAUGAAUUAUUUUUCACCAAAUUGCUUUAAUCAGCUUACAGAAAACGAAAUUAAAUAAUCAUAACAUCAAACUAUAAGUCAUGUGUAAGUUGUGUAAAGCAUCUGGGAUUAAUCAUAGACAAUAAAUAGAGAUGUGCCAAUAUAAUAUAAAUAAUGGCAGCUAUUUUUAUACGUUCGGUAUUUGUGCCUUUUUUAAGACUGAGGUUUUUAAAUGGUAUUUACUGUGAGCACUUAAUACUGUAUUAUUAUAAGAUUAUAAAACUACCUAUUUAUAUCUGUGCACGCUUAUUAAUAAUGUUACCAACUAAACUUGUGUAUCAUUGAUUGAAUUAAAGUAAAAAAAAAUAAAGAUUAUAUAUUAUACAGAUGUGAAUCUGAUUUUGAUUUUAUUUUAAAAUGUUACCAGGAGGUUUUUAUGGCAACUAUACAUUGCCAAUGAAAUUCGAAUAUUAUUAAUUAAAUUAUCUUUUUAGAUUUUGAGAUACAUACUUUGUAAAUAUCAUUUUAGCGUCAUUUAAAUUAUAAAUGUUUGUUAUAUAUUAUUUUAAAUUUUUUGUGCCUCGAUUUAUCAAAUAAAUUUGCAUUUUUAAAUUAAGUACAAACUUUGUAACAAUACCAGUGUAAAAAAUAAUUCUAAGUGCUGGAGCCCCUGCAAUUUGUACCUUAAGUUACGGCUGAUACCAAUUACAUUUUAAUUUUAAGGUCACAAUGUCUUAACAAAUGAAUUAAUAAAAGAUUU